UGGUAAAAUACAUGAUGGGGAAAUACUGCUUGAAGUAAAUGAUCAAGCAGUGGUUGGAUUGACGUUGUAUGAUCUCAACAACUUGAUAAAACAAGCACGAGACCCUGUUCGAUUUAAAACUGUAAAAGAAGGUCAAACACUUACCAAGGACCUCAAGCUCUAUUUGAGCCAGCGGUUCAACAAAGGCACAGUUGACCACAAGCUACAAGCAGCGAUACGGGAUAAUCUUUAUCUCAGGACACUUCCCUGCACCACGAGAUCACUGAGGGAAGGUGAGCAAGAUGGGGUAGAUUAUACUUUCCUGAGCGAGGAGCAAUUUCAUGAACUGGAAAAAUCAGGAGCACUGUUAGAAAGUGGUGUGUACGAAGGAAACUACUACGGGACUCCCAAACCCCCUCCUGUCCCUCUCUCCCCUCCAAUUGUACGAAGAUCAAACUCCGCUAAUGACCUUCCAGGGAUGCAUCCCUCCUCUGAUGGGAAGAGGCGGAGGAACAGAUCAAAUAUCGAACAACAGUCAUCUUCUUCCGGGUCUACUCCACGACGAAACCAUGUUUUUCCACCCAACAAUAAAGAUGGAGAUAAGAAAACAUUAUCUGUGACCACCAAGGAGUCUUCAAAUCCUAAUGGAGACUUAACACCUGCUGAAUCUCCGAAGAAAGAAACCUCAAUCCCACACGACCAACAAAAUUCGGAUAAAAUUCUUGGCCCGUUACCUGAAGGUUGGGAGAUGGGGCAAACCGAGAAUGGAGAUUGUUACUUUAUAGAUCACAUCGGGAAGAAAACUUCGUGGGUUGAUCCUCGCUUGGAGAAAAUGAACAGAAAGAGUUUGCUCGACUGUGAGGAUGAUGAACUUCCUUAUGGUUGGGAAAAAGUUGAAGAUGCUCAAUUCGGCCUCUACUUUGUUGACCACAUCGAUAAGAAAACCCAGUUUGAGAAUCCUGUCAUCCAAGCCAAGAGGGAAGCAGGGAAGUCCAUGGAGCAUCCGGACCUUCCCUCUCCUCCACAGAGUGAUAAUGAGGAACAAAAUGGAUCAGAAUUACAUCCUCAGAAGAAUACAAAUAGUGACGAUUCCUUUCAAGACAACAUGAGCUCCCAAGAAAAUUAUGUUUUCACUCGUGACCCCUCCAAAUUGAAGGGGGUUUCCCACUUAGUCCCCAUCGAGAAAAGUCGGCGUGGGUUCGGGUUCACUAUAGUGGGGGGUGACGACCCGGAAGAAUUUCUUCAAAUUAAAAGCGUUGUUUCUGAUGGUGCAGCUGCCAAGAGUGGAAACAUUGAACAAGGUGACGUAAUUGUCAAAGUAAACGACACUUGUGUUCUGGGAUGGACUCAUCCUGACGUAGUGAAGCUUUUUCAAGCCAUUCCCGUCGGUCAAAUAGUUACACUACAGCUUUGCAGGGGUUACCCACUGAUAAUUGACUCAGAUGACCCAAGCACCAACCUCUUAACCACGUAUGCUAUUCGACCUGAAGAUAAACCAACCGAGGAAUUUAAUCGACAGCUUCGGUUGUUGAACACGCAACUGGACGAUGGAUCUGAAGUAAUGGGGGAUAUGAAUGGUGAAGCACUGAUGUCAAGUCCUUCCAAAUCAAUGCCCAACAUAGCUGAUCAUCCAAAUACUUACUAUCCAAACUAUGGACAACACAACAUAGGAAUGUUACCACAAUCUACUGGCUUCCCUACAAGAGCUGGCAGCAUGGGAGCGCUCCCUGCACCCCUAGUAAUGCAGGUGAUUAUAAAAAAGGGUGAACAAGGGUUUGGCUUCACAAUAUCUGACAGUCCACAAGGCCAACGUGUCAAGCAAGUACUUGAGGCUCAACGCUGUCAUGAAUUAAUGGAAGGUGACAUUCUGCUUGAAAUAAAUGGCACCACAGUUCAAAACAUGCCACACAACAACGUCGUCCAUAUCCUGAAGGAUUGCCCCAGCAACGCUGCUGCUAUUUUCGUCAUACAGCGAGGACCCCUUUCCACCCCCAUGUAUGACCCCGAAGCACUCAUGGGUUACCAACCUGGGUUCGCUAACGGGGUUUCCCAUCACCCUCAUGCUUUCCAGAACCACAACCAAGCUAUAAGGGCAAGGAUGAAGAGAUCAACCACUGAACCAGGACUUGGGAGUGAAAAUGGCUCCGUUGUCUCCGCACCCCCCAGCAGUUCACUUGGGCCACCUACAUCCCAACACCCUGUUAAUGCAUUGUUAUCGGAAUAUAGAACCAAACACCAUCCUGCCAACAUAAGACAGGACAAUUAUGGAAUACCAGUGACUUAUCACCCUUAUCGGGGCCAGACCAUCUACCAUGACCCAUAUGUAGUGACUCCGCAAACCGACAACUACAUCUACCUCACUGUAGUCCUCAGGAGGGAGGAGACGGGAUUUGGGUUCCGGAUUUUAGGAGGAAACUUCCAAGAUGAGAGCGUAACGAUAGGGCAGAUAGUCAAAAGUGGUGCUGCUGAUAAAGAAGGAACGUUAAGAACAGGUGACGAACUUUUAACAGUGGAUGGCAAGAAAGUGACAAGGAUUGGUCAUAACCAGGUUAUUGCAUUGAUGGGAAACGCGGCACGUAACGCGGUUGUCCAACUUGGUAUCCGACGCAAAGAAACAUGUACAGCUGCUAUAAACCUUCCCCAUAGUAGGGGUCCUGUCAUGAACCCCCGUUCUUCCUCUCGCCCCAGCAGUAGGGGGCCCCCUAACACUCCAGUCAAUGAGGGCCAACCAUUCGACAUUAUUAUUCACCGACGAGAGCAUGAGGGUUUCGGGUUCGUGAUUAUUUCUUCGGUAAAAACUUCAAUCACAGGGUUCCAGGCUCCUCAUAAGAUUGGUCGUAUUAUUGACGGUUCCCCAGCAGCACGGUGUGGACACUUGCGCGUCGGCGACCGAAUCCUCGCUGUGAACAACGUGGACAUCACCCAUUUACACCAUGGACAAAUUGUCAACCUCAUCAAGGAUUCUGGAUUCUCCAUAGCUUUGCAUGUCCUUCCCAUUGAAGCGGACUUGGAUAACUCUAACAGGGGCUCACAGAGCGAUAGUGAAUGUUUCUACGUUGAGUUACCAAGAUCAAACAAAGGUUUUGGGUUUGGUAUUCGAGGUGGGAAAGAAUAUAACUUGCCUUUGUAUGUCCUACGUGUUGCUAAAGAUGGCCCAGCUGCUGAAUCGGGUCAAAUAAGGGUUGGUGAUAUAUUAAUGGAAAUAAACGGGAAAAGUACGAUAGACAUUCCUCACUCCCAAGCAAUCAACCUUAUAAAGCAGGGAGGAUCAGUUGUGAAGCUUCUACUUAAACAUGGUGAUGGAAAUGUACCUGAACUUGGAACUCCUGAUAACUCUACAGUGAGCGGAACUCGCAGCCGGAGCAUGAAUAACCUGCUUUACCCAACGAACCCGUGACAUUUCUGUGUUGUAUGUCCUGGAGCAAACCCUAGUGGCAGCAUGCAGUCCCUCUCCUCUAGCGCCCUCUCUGGCUCAGAUGCGGCCAACCGAGCAGCCCAACUCAUGCACUUUUGCCACCCAGAAAAGGUGGAACGUCCACCACCUUCAAGCCACUCAUCUUCAAAAGGCAAACCCCCACCUACAUUGCCCAAACCACAAACGCACAACAACUCAGUUCGACAGCUUCGCCGACGUGCAAACUCAUCAGGCCAGGUACUUCCACCUGACCCAAACCAACCACAAUCAACCCAGCUUCGUAGAUCCAUGACCCCCAACCCAGCAAAAUCACCUCGAGAACCUAUACCCAUUUCUCCUAAUAGUGACGUUGCUGCUCCCACACCACAACCUGAGCUCCAAAAAGCAGCAAACUCCCACCCAGAACAACAUUUCUCUAACACAAAGUCUCCAGAACCUGUUGAAACCAACCACGGUCCACCCUCUUCUAACGGCCUCACUUCUCCCACAAAUUCCAAGAGCAGUGAAAAGCUGAGCUCCCCGGACAAGUCCACAGACACAGAAACCACAUCUCCAACAAGCUCCACACCAACUGAAGAAAACAAGAAAAAGUCAAAAAAAUCAACCAAAUCCAACAAAAAAUCCAGCAAAGUUGGCCUCUGGCUUUCACCCAAGAAAAAACAGAAGUAGGCCAAAAAACAUUGCUGCUUACAAUUAUAUCAUUUUUGUUACAUCAGUAUACAGUUCAUUCAUAUGCUUGACAAUUCCAAAUUUGUGUACAUUAUUCAUACCACAAUCAAACUGUUUCUACUCGUGAAUUAUUCUUUGUUUAUGGUGCUGAUAUCAAAGUGAACCCGGUGCAGAUGAAAACGGUACUUUUAUGAAAUUCAAACUCAGCGUUUUGCACUUUCCAAUUUUUUCCAUCUUAACAUUGUAAGCUUUGUGGAACCACUGAAUUUAAUUCUUAUAGACUGGCUGGUAGCACUUUAUAAUACACCACUGUUACACACUAGUAACUAGUUUUGAUAAUUCAAUUGGAUUCCACUUCUAAAAUGUGCAGCUUUUUGCGAUACCCACAUUGUCCAUUUCCCACAAAAUUUGCACAAACCUUUAAAGUUUCUAGUCAUUUCCAACCAUCCAAUAAAAAUCAUUGUUGUCUUUAUAAUUGCUUACAUUGUAUGAUGCAGUUGGUGCUACCAUUUUUUUCUAUUUAAGUUUGUAAAUAAGUGUAAACCAUUUGAGUAUUCUAACUCAGUACACAUGUCUGCCAUUGAGUUCUGCAUUUUAUGAUUCUCUGUAUACGAACACGAGUAUUAUAUUAUCAACUUUUUUAUCUUGUUUUAGCGUCGAUAUUAUUAAACGAAUUCAACAAUGCUUGAUAUAUAGAUUAUUGUUGCUAAUAUAAAACUAUGUUGAUUAUAUAUACACAAGACUCAUUAAAUGAUAGUUGAAUAAGAUUGUAAAUGAGAAUUCAUUUUAUAAAGUAACAUGACUCAGGACAAUAUCGGUCACCAAAUGCUUUUACUUUUAG